ACCUCCACAACUACUUAUUCCCUCCUUUUCUCUUCUGCUCAAACAAUUCGACAAUUCAACAAUUUCUUGCUUAAUGAUUAAUAUCUCAAUCAGCGGAAAAAGCUUCCUUCAAUUCAUGCUCCAAUCCAUUAUCCAUGCCGCUUUUUAUCCAUAUUUUUUGUCUUAUUUUUUCUUCUUCUAUUGAAUUGCCUUUUUCCUGAACGUAAGGUUUUCGUCGUGCUAUAGCCUCAUACUGUGUGGCGGCAGCUUUAUAAUGUAGAGAGCUGCCAUUAUAGUGUGUUAUCAAUGGCUAACUACUUGAUGCUAAAAUCGGAGAAGCUAAGACUGAGUAAAUGUGGUUCCUUUUUGCUUUGCUGCUGCGAGCUGCCUUUUAUAAUGAAUGUGCUACCAAUGGCUAACUACUUGAUGUUAUAAUUGGAGAUGCUAAGACUGAGUAGUUGUGGUUCGUUCGUCUAGAUUAUGCGGUUUCUAUGUGGAAUUCAUGUGUUGAUUGAGUCAUUUGUGUAUAUGGUCGGUCGAGUUUUUCGUUUAUAUAUGGCACUUCCAAAAGUUGCAUAGUGUAUCCUGAUGUUCUGUAUAACUGCAUUAGUAUAAAAAAUUUGUUUUCUUACUCUGAAUUGAGUUUUAGUGACCUCCUCUGAGAAUGAGCUAAAUCACUUAUGGCAAUCUUUCCACUUUGUGAUUUCCAACAGCUCUUCUAAAAUCUUCAGCUUGGGCAUUACUGAAGAAUUUGUUGCUUGUGUAACAAUGUUCUGACACAUCACACAUGCUUUUUCAUGGUCGUUUUGCUUCUAUUUACUGGUGUGAUUUUGUUGUAUGUCUGUGUACAUAAUGAUGAAUGUUGUGGUUGUUUCUUGAUGCUGAUGGUGGACUGCAAUGAUAAAAGGGGGUAUGGGAAAUCAAGGAGUAAAAGGACAAUCUUACUAAUUAUCUGCUUUAUAAAUGGUGCUCCUUUUUCUUUUUUUCUUGUGGCAGUGAAAUGAAAAAAUAAACGCAGAACUGUGCAAAGCUCAUAUCUUUUUACUGCUUUAUAGAGCUCAAACUCAUGUUCAAUUUCCAGGUCGCUAGACAACAGCUUAUUACAGGAAAACAGACGAGGAAGAGAAGCCUCUCAAUGUAGAUGGAGUGGGUGAGAGUAUGGGAGAUGAGGACAAGUUGCAUGUUGAAGAUGUGGAUGACAUGAAUUCUCCCUUACCUGAUAUCGAUUUUAAAGAUGUGACGAUUCUUGAGCCACUUCCUGGUAUGGAAUUUGGGUCUCAUGGGGACGCCUAUGCUUUCUAUCAGGAAUAUGCAAGAUCUGUGGGAUUUAAUACUGCAAUUCAGAAUAGCCGGCGUUCAAAAACAUCAAGGGAAUUCAUCGACGCAAAGUUUGCAUGCUCUAGAUAUGGAACAAAGCGUGAGUAUGAGAAAUCUUUGAACCGCCCACGCAGUAGACAAGGAAGCAAUCAGGAUGCUGAGAAUGCUCCAGGUCGUCGAGCAUGUGCCAAGACAGAUUGUAAAGCAAGCAUGCACGUUAAGAGAAGGUCUGAUGGGAAAUGGAUAAUCCAUAGAUUUGAGAAAGAGCAUAACCAUGAACUGUUACCUGCCCAAGCUGUAAGUGAACAGACCAGAAGGAUGUAUGCUGCAAUGGCUAGACAGUUCGCUGAAUAUAAAAGUGCCGUCGGUCUUAAACAUGACUCCAGAAGCCAAUUUGAAAAGGGCAGGAGUAUGGCAAUGGAUGCAGUGGAGGCGAGUGCUAUGCUUGAGUUUUUCGUCCAUAUGCAGACUCUAAAUCCUAACUUCUUUUAUGCAGUGAAUGUUGGCAAGGAUCAACGUCUGAGGAGUCUAUUAUGGAUUGAUGCCAAAAGCAGGCAUGACUAUCCCAAUUUCAGUGAUGUUGUAUCUUUUGAUACAAGCUAUAUCAGAAACAAGUAUAAAAUGCCUCUAGCUCUGUUUGUUGGGGUCAACCAGCACUACCAGUUCAUGCUACUUGGAUGUGCUUUGGUGUCUGAUGAAAACGAUGAGACGUAUUCAUGGAUCAUGCAAACGUGGUUGAAGGCUAUGGGUAGUCAGGCUCCAAAAAUUAUGCUCACCGAGCAAGACAGAUUUUUUAAAUCUGUUAUUUCAGAUGUUUUGCCAUCCACACUUCAUUUUUUCUCCUUGUGGCAUAUAAUAGGAAAGAUUUCAGAAACACUGAAUAAUGUAAUCAAACAGAACGAAAAAUUCAUGUCAAAAUUCGAAAAAUGCAUUUAUAGGUCAUGGACAGAGGAGGAGUUUGAAAAGAGGUGGCGCAAGCUGGUGGAUAGAUUCGAACUGAAAGAGAACGAGUUGAUCCAGUCAUUGUAUGAAGAUCGCAAACUAUGGGCGCCUAACUUUAUGAAAGAUGGAUUUUUUGCUGGGAUGUCGACAGGUCAACGAUCAGAUAGUGUGAAUUCUUUCUUUGACAAGUAUGUUCAUAAGAAAACAACUGUGCAAGAGUUCAUUAAGCAAUAUGAUGCCAUUCUGCAAGAUAGGUACGAAGAGGAAGCGAAGGCCUCUUCUGAUACAUGGAAUAAACAGCCUGCUUUGAAGUCUCCUUCACCUUUUGAGAAGCAUGUAGCUAGCCUGUAUACGCAUUCUGUAUUUAGGAAAUUUCAAGUCGAGGUAUUGGGCGCAGUAGCUUGUAUACCUAAGAAAGAGGAACAAGUUGAUGUGGUGGUCACUUUCAAAGUACAAGAUUAUGAGAGGAAUCAAGAAUUUGUUGUCACAUUGAACGAUUUGAAAUCCGAAGUGUCCUGCAUAUGCCGCUUAUUUGAACUGAAAGGUUUCCUUUGUAGACAUGCAAUGAUUGUUCUUCAGAUCUGUGGCAUCUCAGCAAUACCAUCACAAUAUAUUUUGAAACGGUGGACCAAAGACGCCAAGAGCAGAUACUCAAUGGGGGAAGGGUCCGAGCAGGUGCAGUCAAGGCUGCAGCGGUAUAAUGAUCUUUGUCAAAGGGCUAUGAAAUUGAGUGAAGAAGGAUCGUUGUCACAAGAGAGUUACAAUCUGUCUCUUCGUGCACUUGAUGAAGCUUUUGAGACCUGUUUGAAUGCCAACUACUCCAAUAAGAAUCUUCUAGAAGCUGGACACUCUGCUUCCCCAGGUAUUUUGUGCAUUGAAGACGACAUUCAAAAUGGAAGUUUGAGCAAGACAAAUAAGAAGAAGAAUGCAACUAAGAAAAGAAAGGUUAACAUGGGACCAGAUGUUAUUACAGUUGGCACAACAGAGAGCCUACAACAAAUUGAAAAAUUGAGUUCUCGACCUGUAAAUCUGGAUGGAUUUUUUAGCCAUCAUCAAGGUGCUCCGGGAAUGCUGAACUUAAUGGGCUCCACACGCGAUAGUUACUUCGGGAACCAACCUGCCAUUCAGGGACUAGGCCAGCUGAACUCUAUUGCACCUACUCAUGAUGGUUACUAUGGUACUCAGCCUGCCAUGCCUGGAAUGGGGCAUAUGGAGUUCUUCCGCAAUUCAAAUUUUGGCUAUGGAAUUCGGCAGGAUGAUCCCAACGUGAGAACUUCCCAGUUGCACGACGACGCACCAAGACACGCGUGAGAAAAUCUGCCUCUCAUUCAAUGAAGCAUGGCAGGCUAAUUUGUCGAGCACGUUGGUAUCCGUACAGACUGACUGAUGCAUAACAAGAGGCUGAGUGAAGAGUGUGUGCCAAAUGGGAGAGCAUCUCUUGAUUUUAACUGUACAGUAAAUGAACAUAGAUUGAGCAGCAGAAUUUAACUUUGUUGUCCCUCCGGCACGGUGCUGUAGCAGCAUCAGCAGCGUCGUCGUAUCUGGCCGAGGCAGCGUCGCUGUGUUGUAACGAUAGUAGCAAGUUGUAUCUGUAGUUAAGUUACGGUAAAUCUAGAAUUCCUGUGAAGAAAGAGAGCAUUGUUGAGUUGAUGUUUGUAGUGUUACCACAUUAAAUAUCUAUCUAUAAUUCUAUAUCUUUACCUAUGUAAAAUUCUGGUUUUUAUUAUAAAUAUUAAUCAUGAUGUGUUAUGUACUAA